CAGCGACCAUCGCUACGCCGUUUGCGUUAGGGCGCGAUCACCUCCAUUAGGCGCACACACCCCUCUCAAUCUCUCUCUCUCUACGCUACUGACUCCCUGGUUGCCGCAAAGGGGGAGGCGGGCGGGCGGGCGGCGCGUGGCGCCCGUAAACUCCGCUUGGGGAAAGAGGCGAAGGCGGCGGGCGCUCUGCGUAAGCCGCUUUGGUGAAUGAGGAGGAGGAGGCCGCGGCAGGCAGAGUAGCAGCAGCAGCAGCAGCCUGGAGUAGGAGCCCAGCCAGCUUCCCGCAGCAGCAGCAGCAGCACUGCGGAGUGGGAGGAGGCGGCGGCCACGGCGGCGGCGGCGGUUUGGUACCGAGCGGAGAGGGAGAUGCACACGGCACACUCGAGCUGAGAAAAUAGAAAUGACGGUACAUAUGCACACACAGUUUUGCCUCAUAUGUUUGCUGACAUUUGUCUUUCAUCAGUGCCACCAUUGCCACAGCCAUGGUGCAGAAAAGGGCCAAAGUAAUAACCACAAUAGUGAUCAAAUCUCGGACACACCAUAUCUCCAGAAUGGUAGGACAGAACCUGCACCAAAUAAGGAGGCUGAAGAGGAGCAAAAAUACUAUAUUGAAAAACUCUUUGAGUGUUAUGGUGAAAAUGGGAGAUUACAUUUUUGGGGACUGGAGAAAUUGCUGACGAACCUUGGGCUUGGCGAAGUCAAAGUAGUGGAAUUAAAUCAUGAGGACAUUGGUCACGAUCAUGUUUCUCACUUAGAUCUCAUAGAGGUACAAGAAGGAAAGCAUUCUCAUUCCCACAGUCAUCCCCAUCCCCAUAGUCACUCAGGUUCAGAAAACCAGACUGUGAAUGAAGAGCCUACCAAAAGAAACCAGAAGUGUGACCCUGAAAAAGAAGGAACAGAGCCGUCCCUAAAACCUGGUGGAAAACACACCCGUGGCCAUAACAGUCAUCACAGGCACCGCCAGCGCUACCGCUGCCACCACUCGCACCAUCACCUUGGCCAUAAUGGCAGCCAUCAUUCUCAUAAUGACUCCAUUAGUGCUAGUGAUCAUGGGGAACCAAGUCAUGAGCCUUCAACAGAAACCAACACUACUCAAGAACACUGUGAAAUAAAACCAUGCAAAGAAAAGAAGAGGCGGAGAGACAAGAAGAAGAGCAGUGAGAUCCCAGUUGAAGCAACACAGGAUUUUACCGCUGAUCAUGACUCAAAUGAACAAUACAAACACAACCGUGUUCAAAAAGAAGACCAUGUGCAUGAAGGGUCUCCCUCGCAUGUGCAUUUCCAUGAUAAUGACCAUUCGGCCUCUCAUGGGCACCGAGACCCGCAUCCUCCCAGUGGAGCCAGCCAUCGGCAUGCUAGCAAGCGCGAAGCACCUCAUAAUCACAAUGGCAUGAAGAGGCAUCUUCACAAGGACCAUAACAGACAUGAAGAUUAUCACGAAGAGUGUUUAAAUGUCACCCAGCUGCUAAGGCAUUAUGGUCUUCGCCCCAGUUCUCCCAUUUCUCCAAGCUUGUUUACAUACCUGUGUCCCGCAUUACUGUAUCAGAUUGACAGGAGACUUUGUAUUGAAUAUUUUGAGGAUUUACUGAUUGAAGACUUGAAUAAAGGCAAAAAUGCAUCGCUUGGGAUCAUGAAUAAAACAGGUGCAUCAGCCUGGAUUUGUGGCCUCAUUUCUAUCACAGUCAUUAGCCUGCUGUCCUUGCUAGGUGUGAUCUUGAUCCCUAUAAUUAACCAAGGGUGCUUCAAAUUUCUCCUCACCUUCCUCGUUGCUCUUGCGGUAGGAACAAUGAGUGGAGAUGCACUGCUUCACUUGUUGCCACAUUCCCAAGGGGUGCACAACCACAGUAACCAUGACGGCCAAGGCCACCACCAGCAUGAGCACCAACAUCUCCAUGGGCAUUCCCAUGAACACGAGGGACUGGUCCACAGCUUCCUCGAAGAAUAUGACGCAGUUUUGAAAGGUCUGGUGGCUCUUGGUGGGAUUUACCUCCUGUUCAUUAUUGAACACUGCUUAAGAAUGUUCAAGCACUACAACAAACAAAGGACUAAGCAGAAAUGGUGUAAGAAAAAACAGAUGAUUGACGAAUCGCCAGUUGGGAGGAAACUCUCAGAUCAUAAACUAAACAGACCUGAUGCUGAUUGGCUUCAGCUCAAGCCUCUAGCUGGGGCAGAUGAUUCUGUUUUAUCCGAUGAUCGGCUUAAUGAGACUGAACUAACUGACUUAGAUGGGCAGCUGGACUCCCUACCGAAAGCCUUCCUGUCCGUAGAGGAGGAAAACAGUAUGCUCCACUCCCAUAACGACAUCUCCCAUGCCGUUCGGGACAACGAUCUCCCUGCAGUGGGCUUCCAAAGCAACCAUCGAGCGGAUAAGAACGCAGUGGGGAAGCACAACCACAUCUGGUCACACAAGCACUCCCACCACUCCCAUGGACACUGCCAUUCUGGGAAGGACCUGAAAGACACUGGCAUUGCAAAUAUAGCCUGGAUGGUCAUCAUGGGAGAUGGAAUCCACAAUUUCAGUGAUGGUCUGGCCAUUGGAGCAGCUUUCAGCGCUGGAUUGACAGGAGGAAUCAGCACCUCAGUAGCAGUAUUUUGUCAUGAGCUUCCCCAUGAAUUGGGUGACUUUGCUGUGCUUCUGAAAGCAGGCAUGACCGUGAAGCAGGCCAUUGUUUACAAUCUCCUGUCAGCCAUGAUGGCUUACGUAGGGAUGCUUAUAGGAACAGCCGUGGGACAGUAUGCCAAUAACAUCACCCUCUGGAUCUUUGCAGUCACUGCUGGCAUGUUCCUCUAUGUCGCCCUUGUAGAUAUGCUUCCAGAGAUGCUUCAUGGGGAUGGUGACAACGAAGAGCAUGGUUACUGUCCGGUGGGACAGUUUAUCCUCCAGAAUUUAGGAUUGCUCUUGGGAUUCGCCAUUAUGCUGGUGAUUGCCCUUUACGAAGACAAAAUAGUGUUGGACAUCCAGUUUUGACCAUUUGCGGUACUUAGCUGUGGUUACCACCAUGUUACUUACUGUAUGGCUUUUCAGUCUGCACUGUUGUACUGUAUGCACAUUUGUUCCCAGGCAAAGCAGUAUGGCGUGCGCUCCUUUACAAGUAACAGUAUUCUGGUGUCUGCAGAAACAAGGUCCUGUCUUCCAGCCAAAACAAACAUACACACACACACAGAUAAACAAAAUACUUGGUUAAAUGAGGUUCAGCUCCCCAAAGGUAAGAUCUAGGCUUGAUGUCAUUUCUAAUCAGUCUAUAUUGGAAGCAGGAGAUCCAAAUACAAUGCUCAGGAUGCUGUUAGCAAAUGCAUUGGAGGUCCCCCCCCCCCCCUUUGUCAGCUUGCAAUUGCACUGUGCUGUCAAAGUCAGAUCACUGACAAAGCCUUUUGCGUAAUAUUUAAGCAAAUUAUGAUGUUUGCUCUCUGCCAAGAGCCAGAGCAUGUGUUGCAAGGUGUGGCAUCCUUACCAGGUGGUCCAUGGGCCCCUGAGCCGGUUCUCAGCCUCCCAUCGUGCCACACAUACAUAAGGCAGCAACAAGAAAUCCAGAAAUGCAUGAGUGUUCUGGGCGGUUAAGGUUGCAUUUUCUUUUUAAAAAAUUAAAAAUGAAGGGUUUUUGAGAGUGUUAUUUUUGAAUUGCCUUUUGGCCGUAUCAAGGGUGCCUCCCUGCUCUGGACGUUGUUUCUCAAUAAUGUCCAAUCAGCUGUUCUGCACUAAACUGAACGGUUGGUGACCAAAGUGAACCCAUGUAUUCCCAUGGAUCAAACCCUUCCCUUCGGUUUCCUCGUCUUUUGAUUAAUCCUUUUAGAGAAGGAAUGGGAAUUGUGAGUCCUCCAGAGGUUUGUGGACUGCAUCUCCCAGCAUUCCUCACCAUUGCUGCCCAACAUCUGGAAGACCACACAAUUCCUACCCAUGUUCCAAAGGCAGGAAAAGUUGGUUUGUCGAGUCUACAACACGCAGAAUCUCCUAGUCAGAAGUUGGGAAUGCCAGAAAUUAAUUUUUCCAAGCUCGGAAGGUCUUGAGCAGUCCCCCUUUCUUUCAGGCAGCUCUGUAGUUUCAGGCAGAUACAGGAGCCCCUUCCCCUGGAUGUUCCCCUUUUGCUGCAUGGAUGUCUUUUGGGAGCCCAAGAAAGCGGGCUAUGUAUUUCUGCCUCCAGCCUUAGAGGUCUGGGUUCCCAAUGGUUAGUUGUUUUGGAAGAUUUGACAGGCAUUAGGUAUUAAAUGUUAAGUUUGUAGACAUUUGUUAUCAAAAUGCCAAAUCUUUAAUUCUCUAGUUCUCUCUGGUCCUUUUCCUGCAGUACCAUAGUAGUGCUGCCCAAAACCCAGAAUACAGAGCCGUUUGCGCUCCCCCCCCCCCCCUCAUGAUGAAGCACAUGUAUGGGAUGUCUUUGGUCACAACAGCCAAAUUUGUUCCUGCAUUAUAUAUCCUUAAAAUCCAGGCUGAGAAGAGCUGAUUCAGUGUUCCUGAGAGGCAGUCCUGGUAGCUGUUUGUUUACCUAAUUCCCCAGAACAGUUUUGAAUGUAUUACAUUGAAUGCCUUUGCCACCUUUGCUUCCAGCCACUGCUCAGAACUGAGAGUUCGGUAGAUAAUAAGGCCCAUUCUUUGACAUUGGCUGUGUGGGCAAUUUUUGUUACUUUUUCUUACAUGGGGCCUGUUCCUAUGUUGCUGCUGCAGUUGGGGUUUUGUUCUGUAAAGUAGGAACCCAACUCACCUAGAUGAAAAGGCAAGCCAGGUGUCUUGCCUCUUGAGAUGCCAUCUUCUGGGGAGCAAAGGUAACCCUUUUACCUUAGUGAGGUCUCCCACGUUGCCCACAGAGGCCCUCUGUUAUUGGAGCAGUACAGGGAAGAUGUGCACCUCAGGGGAGCAGUCCUUUACAUUAUAAUAGAGCUGUGGUUCUCAACCUGUGGGUCCCCAGGUGUUUUGGCCUACCACUCCCAGAAAUCCCAGCCAGUUUACCAGCAGUUAGGAUUUCUGGCCAUUGAAUGCCAAAACAUCUGGGGACACACAGGUUGAGAACCACUGUAAUAGAACAUGUAGACUCACUGUGCAUGUAGUUUAGGAGGAUGGGCUCAACCAGAAGCCUUAAGCAAUGAUGAGCUUUAAUACUGCAUUUUUGGGUGCCAAGCAGCUUGGAUGACUGUACUCUGAUAGUGGGCACUGAUAAGAAGUGCUCACUCUGUCCCUCUUCCUAUUUGAUGUUUUGAUAACACAGCCUAACGGUACUAACCUUAGCACGGCAGUUGGUUUCUCCCAACACUCCACUCUCUCUCUGUUCAUCUCGGUACAGGAGCUCAUCUGAAUAGGUACAGGUUGGCUUUUUUAGUUAGGCUCAGGUCAAGUCACUCCCAAAGACGAUCUAGGUUGGAAAGUGGAACAAGGCCUUCAUUCCAAAUUAAAAUCACUUUUUCUUUUGGAUCCUUCCAGUUCAUUUCUGUUGUCAUUCCUUUUAAAUAUAUAUAGAUAUAUGUGACUACUGUUGUCUACUUUAAAGGCAUGCUAGAUGCCUUUUGUUGGGUGUCUUUUUUUGUGGUGGGGGAGGGGGGAUUGGAAUCGUGUUGAAUAUUGACCACGUUUUUGACCAGUUAGUGUUCAGGUUCAAAUCCAGCGUCCUGUCAGCACAGAGAAUUUGCUCAGAUCACUGAGAGUCUUGCAAUUACAAACACUACAC